AUGAGCACAUGUCGAUGGUGCACACCAAGUGGCUCUGACACCACCGCGUUCCUGAAGAGCUAUGCUUCCAAACGGUUGUCCCCAGAAGAUCUUGAAGGAUCCAAUGAUGAUCUUUGUUACUGCCUGGAGUGUGUGGUUGAGUACCACAAAGCAAGGGAAGAAUUGCCAAGGUUGCAUGAGGUCUUGUGGGAGCUGGAAACCUCCCGUCUUGUUGCCCACAUUGAGAAAUCUAUGCGAGCUGAAGCUGGAGAAGAUGAUGAGUUGUUUAUAGUGGAUGAGAAUGGAGACACACAGCUGUCUGGUUAUGUGGGCCCAGAUUUUGAGAAUAACCUGCGAGUGCCCCUUCUAGAAAUACUGAAAUAUCCGUAUCUGCUGCUGCAUGAGAAAGUCUGUGAGCUGUGUGUAGAAGUGCUCUGUAGAAUGGAACAAAGUCACAGCUCCUUUCAGGUCUUUGAAAAAUAUCCAGGAAUUUAUCUCUUUUUGGUGCACCCAAAUGAAGUGAUUCGUCGGUGGGCCAUCCUAACAGCAAGAAAUUUAGGGAAGGUUGACAGGGAUGAUUACUAUGAUUUACAGGAAGUGCUGACUUGCUUGUUCAAAGUUAUUGAGUUGGGGCUUUUUGAGAGUCCAGAUAUUUACAGCUCUUCAAUGAUUGAAAAGGGUAAACUUAUCCUUCUACCAUCUCAUUUAUAUGAUACUACCAAUUACAAGAACUAUUGGCUAGGGAUUUGUAUGUUGCUAACAGUGCUGGAAGAACAAGCUAUGGACUCCUUGCUACUGGGCCCAGACAAACAAAAUGAUUUCAUGCAGUCUAUACUUCACACCAUGGAGAAAGAAGCAACUGAUGAUUCUACUGACCCCUUCUGGCCAGCACUGCAUUGUUUCAUGGUUAUUUUGGAUCAGCUCGGAUCUAAAGUAUGGGGUCAGCUUAUUGAUCCUGUCCAAGCCUUUCAAACCAUUAUCAACAGUGUGAGCUACAACAAUGAAAUAAAAAAUAUACGCAGUAGCUUUAAGAGGACAAAAUCUGAACCGGAGUCAGACUACAACGAUGACAUGAUUACUUGCAGUCAGAUUGUGUAUAAUUAUAACACAGAAAAGCCACAAAAGGAUACCGGAUGGAAGACUGCCAUUUGUCCAGACUACUGCCCCAACAUGUAUGAAGAUAUGCAAACACUGGCUAAUGUGCUUCAGUCUCAUAUUGGCAGAGAUACACGUGUCCAUGACAGCACGUUUCUGUGGUUCAUCCCUUUUGUUCAGUCACUUAUGGAUCUCAAGGACUUGGGUGUCGCGUAUAUAGUGGAGGUCAUUCACUACCUCUGCUCGGAAAUCAAAGAUAUUCUUAGUGAAACAAUUCAGCAGUGUGACAAAAUCUCAGAAUUUUUUCUUCUCAUCUUGGUGUCUAUUAUUGAACUACACAGAAAUAAGAAGUGUCUGCAUUUGCUAUGGAUUAGUUCCCAAGAAUGGGUGGAAGCAGUGGUGAGAUGUGCUAAGCUUCCAGCUAUAGCAUUUACACAGUGCACUGAAAAAGCACCUGGACACUGUGCGAGAGGUUAACAAGCUUCUAACUCUGUGCAGCACUCCUGUGUGCAGUUGAUACGCAGCCUUCUUAGAGAAGGCUAUCAAAUUGGACAGCAUGCUCUUUGCAAGCAAUACCUAGAUAAAAUCAAUUUACUUCUGCGAGGAAAUCUAUCUUUAGGUUGGCAGCUGAACAUUCAGGAAACCCAGGAAUUACAAACAUGUUUAAAGCAAGUUAUAAGAAGUAUAAAGUACAGAGCAGUGAAUACCUCUGUGCCUGUAGGAAACAAUACAAACUCUACAACUUUGCCUACCAUUUCUAUAAAGCAGGAGAAGAGUCCAUGUGGAGGUGAAUGCAAGAUGAGUGUACAUGGCAGAGAUGACUUUAGUUCACCGUUUGCUCUCAUGUCGAAGGGAGGUGGAGAUGAAGAUUGUGAAGAGAAACCUUUCUCUAGAAGGAAGAGUGCCUGGGAAGAGGAAUGCGGAGAUGCAUCUAAAAGCUCAAGAUUUUGGACAUCCGCUGAGAACCUUGUGAUGAAUAUUAAAAAGGAAUUAGAUGACUUGACAACUCCGGAAUAUGUCUGCCCACAGAACUCUCUGGCAACAAAAGUAUGUGGAAAAGCUCAGGAAAAUAGGAUCAGUGAUCCUGUGGCAGGGAAGUGUGAUAUGGGUAAUCAGUGCUUUAAUCCAAAUGCCCGACAUUCAGAUUUCAGAAGAGGCGGAGAGUUGGAAAACAAAUGUGAAGCAGGACCCAUAGCACCAAUGUGUCUGGGUGCUCAAACUCGUAUUGGUUCUCCAGAACACGUUUACAGCUCGGAUGUAAAGGAAAGCUGUAUGUCUCCCAGUUCCCCUUCAAAGUGUAAAGUAGAUCUGCAUAAAGUUACCAAUUUGAAAAACAAGUUACGGAAAAUGGAAUGGCCCGCAAAACUAUUGCAGCCAGUCAAGCCACGUGGCUUGAAAAGCUGCAGCAAAACAGCGAGAGCUUCAAAAAUAGCGGCAGAGCAACCAAAGCUCUGCACUGGCUAUCUGUGUACAAGCAAAGAUUGUCUUAAACAUCAGAGAGUGAAUACUGUGUGUGAAAAUGAAAAAUCUGUUGAUACUCGAUCUCCAAGGAGUUGUGAAAGUACACAGGAGAAAAGUGUCAACAGUGCUUUUCAGUCCAGACUGGACCUUGCUAAACGGGUAUUGCCACUAGAUUGCUCUAGCUUCUCUAAAAACGAACCUGGUGUGCAGGAAAAUGACGAUGGCAGUAUUUUGCAUUUAGGGUUUAGUGACAACUCACUGAAAAAAGUAUCCUCUGAAGAAAAAUCAAGGUCGUUGUUGGAGUCUGUUUUUGAGAAAGACAACGACAUGCAAACUUCGGAUGGGGAACAGCCUAAUUUAAAUGACUUGGUUAAAUAUGAUUGUAAAGGUCAAAUUUCAAAGACAUUUUGUACGGAUAAAACUUCAGCAAAUGGUCAUGUUCCAUCUAGCUCAGAAAACAAGAAGGAUAUAUCCAGUGCAGCUUCUCGGAUCAGGCCACUGUCAGUGAAGUGUGAAUCAAGUGACAGGCUGUACAAAUUUUCAGAAUAUUUCAAGAGAGAAGAAGUUUCAGUGGUGAAGAAAGAGGAAGAUUUUGCAAAGAUGACUUCUGAAGACAGUACUUUAACAGACUCUCAGGUCGAUAGAGAGCUCAGUAAGUUAUCUUUAGCUGCAUAUGCUAAAAGCGUCAAUUUUCCCUUUGAUUCAAGCCAAGAAGGCUCAGUACAUCAUAAUUUGUGCGAUAUUAAAAGGAAAGUGAAAGGUGCUGUAAGAUCUUCCAGUGAUGGCCAGAGUACCACGUCUCUCUGUGAUUCAGAUUGCCGUGCUGAUAAAGUCAUCAUAAUUUCAGACUCUUCUGAUGAAGAACAAGGUGUGGCUGGCAAGGAGGAAACAAAAAGCAAUGAAAAUGUGUGUCCUGAAGGGCAGUCUUCAACUUCCAGCAGCAUUUCUGAUAGCGGUAUCAAAAUGGAAUCAAAGACACCAAGUUCUCCUUUGUCACUGGAAGACUGUGAGUCUCAGUACUUUGAAUUUGAAACAGAAGUUGAUGUCUUUUCAGUCUGGCAAGAUACUCAAGCGUACAGUAUGGAAGCAACUCAAGAGUAUAAACAAGAUCAUGUUUCAACAGCAGUUGGCAGUAGUAAUUCAGAUGACUUACUGGACGAUCACACAAAUGAAUGGGGUUAUGAUGUGGAUUGCAUAAAUUAUGAUACCAUGGAAGAAGCGGCAAACUUGACAGAAAAGCAGACAGAUAAUAUUUCUAAUCAGAAAGAAGCUGAUAAUACAAAAGAAGUAACUAAUUCAACAUUGCAAGAAUUUGUUAGUAAGGGAAAUACAAAAGAUCAACUGGAAAAUUUUGCAGACAAAGGUACUGUUGCUGAAGACUCCACCCUGGUCUCAAAAUUGACCCAACCUAGAGCAUCUACAUCUAACAUCUCAUUAGCUUCAAAGUUGGCCCUUAAGAAAAAUAGUGUGAGUCCACAAAAGAGUACAGCAAAAUCUAAGGUAGCAAGAACUAUUCAAAGAAGUCCUAAAAAACCUCUUGUUGUUAAAACAGCACAAAAUAAAAAAGUACUUCAAAGUACAUCCAAAAAUUCUCUGGCUGGCAGGUCAUUGCCUGCUGUGGUUCCUCCGAGGAAAGUUCGUCCAUGUCCUGCACCAGCAUCAACUGUAGAAAAACUUGGUCUGAAGAAGGCGCCCCGCAAAGCAGCUGAAUUAUCCCAGCGCUCUUUAGAUAGCGUAGCUCAACUGCGCAGCUAUGGUAAAGCCGCGGGGAGAGUUGGAGUUGCACAGAAACAGAAGAGUAAACUAAUUGCUCCUCAGAGUUUGUCAGUAAAACAUAAUAAAAAAUUUCUAGCCUGCCAAGACCUUCAGUAUUUAAGGCAGACAAGGCCCAAAAAGAGCGUCAGAGUGACAAAUCUUGCAGGAAGUUCUGCAAAUAGAAAUAAAAAAGUUAGCGAAGUGGAUGCAAAAUCUAGGAAACAAAAGCUGGAAAGUUUUGAACUGGCAGCUGUUGAAGGAUUUGUUGAAAACCAGAGAGGGAAAAAAAGGGAGGAGAUGGUUUGUCUAUCUAUGGAUUUAAGUUUCUCUUCCACUGCCCUUGUUGGAGGUGAUAAAGGUGAACCUUCAGGAAAGGGUUGCAUUGUCCAACCUGAAUGUGAGAAGACAACUCCAAAAGAAAAUGGGUGUAAACCAAAUGAAAACAGUGAAGAUGAGGAUGGUGAUGAUCUGUUUUUAACUCAGUUAGACCCUGUGGAUAUGGAAUUAUGUUCUCAGGAAGAAAGCGUUCAAGAUACUACAAUAGCCAGUAAGAAAACAGAGGAAAUGGAUACUGCUGAAAGCCUUCAGCAGAAUGAAUCCUCAACUACUGUGAAGUGUAAGUACAAAGACUGCGUGGAAGAAGUGGAAAAACCAGGAGAGUACUGUAGUAAGCAUUCAGCCACCAGCUCAGAAGCAGAUCACUUGUUUGCCAAACCUCUCCCUCCACCUUCUAAAGCAAGAAGGCCUUCCACUACCAAAAUUUUCAGCUCUGCAAGCUCUUCACGGAAUGCAGCCUUCAGCAAGGAUCUUGAAAAUGUUAAAAAGCUGCUGCCAGCUUCAAAAAGCAAAGUGAAUGCAGCGAAACCGGUGGUGGUCAGGCCACCAAUUGCAGAGGCCAUACCAAUAGGAAAUAAACCAUGCAAGUUGCCAAGUUUCAAUAAUGCACCUCCACCCCGUAUUACUAAUAAUGUUCUCCAGCCACAAAAUAGGCAGAACAACAAUGCUUCAAAUAUUUGCAGAAGGCCUGAUCAAGGAACACGUAGUUCUUGCUUGCUUGGAGCUCAGCAGCGUGAUCAUAGUAUUUUUAUUAAUGAAGUCAUAAAGUGGACUUACGAAAUGUUUGCAAACUUCAUCCAAUUUGGACCUCCAUGUAAUCUCCUGCAGUCCAUAGUAGCCUCUGUUCCUGUCCAGUUUCAGGGAUACAAUGACUAUUUUAAUACAUUUUUCCCUUUGAUGAUGCUAAAUGCCUUUGAAACACUGGCACAAGACUGGAUAGAAAACCAGAGAGUAAGAGAGAAGAGUUACUACUUCUACUUACAGAGCUUCUCUGCCGAAUUGAAUACAGCAGUUUUUACAGCUCAUUUUCAAGAAAGUGAUCUGGCAAAGCAGCUUCAUCCAAAGGAGGAUGACUUAAUCUUUCUGGUGGUCCAAAAGAAAAAAGACACCUUUAGGGAAGGAAGCGAGAUGGAAAACCAUAUAGUGCAGCACGUUGGUCUAGUGACACGAUUUUCUCAUGCGUCUGGCCGUUCAACUAGACAAAAGGACCAGCAUACGGUCUGUCAUCUUUCUGUGCAAACUCGAGGCGAUUUGUCAUUCUUCAUAAAUAAGCAAGUGAAGUGUGUGGUGGUUGGCUCCCUGGUGACCACACGCCGAGCAUUCAAAGGUCUACUACUACUGAGCAGGAGUCCCCUGGCUAAACCCAUUAUAAAUCCAACUUACAGUGACUUCUGUCCAAGAGAUUUGCCUGUGGUUUCAAGUGCUGCACUGGAUAUGAAAGAAUACAAUGAAGAUCAAAAGAGAGCCAUUGAGACAGCUUAUGCCAUGGUAAAGCAACAUCCAGGGCUUCCCAAGAUCUGCCUCAUCCAUGGACCACCUGGAACAGGGAAAUCAAAAACUAUUGUGGGAUUUCUGUCUCGUGUUUUGAGAGAAAACCCUAGGAAUGAGAAAGCAACUCAAAAUACAAAUUCCAAGAUCAAGCCAAACCGUUUUCUAGUUUGUGCACCAUCAAAUGCUGCUGUUGAUGAACUCAUGAAAAAGAUCAUCGUUGCAUUUAAGGGAAAAUGCCAAAACAGACAGGAGCCUUUGGGAAAUUGUGGCGAUAUCAAAUUAGUGCGACUUGGUGCUGAAAAAACAAUCAACAGUGAAGUCCGGGGAUUUAGCCUGGAUAAGCAAGUUGAACACAGAAUGAAACGAAAGCCAGCUGACUCUGACCAGGAUAUUCAGAAGAAAAAAGCAGCUUUAGAUCAACAGCUGGACAUGCUGUCUCGUCAGCGUGCUAUGCACAGAUGUGAGAAGAGGGAGAGUCAAAUGUUAGAUGAUGAAAUUGGCAGACUUUCGAAGGAGAGACAACAGCUUGCUUCUCAACUAAAGGAGGUUCGGGGGCACUCUCAGAAAGUCCAGGCGGAUAUCAUCUUGGAGUCCGACAUCAUCUGCUGCACACUGAGCACAAGUGGAGGAAGUCUGCUGGAAUCUGUUUUUUGGAGGCAAGGACUUGAUCCUUUCAGCUGUGUUAUUGUGGAUGAGGCAGGGCAGUCCUGUGAGGUUGAAACACUGAUUCCACUGGUCCAUCGCUGUAGUAAACUUGUCCUUGUUGGAGAUCCCAGACAGCUCCCUCCUACUGUAAAAUCAAUAAAAGCUCAGGAAUAUGGCUAUGAUCAGUCCUUGAUGGCACGCCUGCACAGACACCUGGUGGAGCAAGUGCAGAAGAAUGUUUUACGGAGCCUGCCAGUUGUGCAGCUGACUGUGCAGUACAGGAUGCACCCUGACAUCUGCCUCUUCCCAUCCAAUUAUGUUUAUGGCAGGACUCUAAAGACUGACAAAGCAACAGAAGAGAACAGAUGUUCUUCAGAGUGGCCAUUCCAGCCCUACCUUAUUUUUGAUGUAGGAGAUGGUCGUGAGGAGCGAGACAAUGACUCUUUUAGUAAUCCUCAGGAAGUGAAGCUGGUGAUGGAAUUAAUUAGAACAAUUAAAGAAAAAAGGAAGGAUCUGGGCCUUCGUCGCAUUGGAAUAAUUACCCCUUACAGCGCACAGAAAAAGAAAAUCCAAGAACAACUGGACAGAGUGUUUAAGAAUAACAGCCCUGGAGAAGUGGACACAGUGGAUGCAUUCCAGGGACGAGAGAAAGACUGCAUCAUAGUGACAUGUGUCCGGGCGAACAGCACUAAAGGGUCAAUUGGGUUUCUGGCAAGUCUUCAGCGUCUGAACGUUACAAUUACUCGAGCCAGAUUUAGCCUCUUCAUCCUUGGAAGACUGAAAACACUCAUGGAAAAUAAAGACUGGAAUGAAUUGAUUCAGGAUGCUCAGAAAAGAGGAGCCAUUAUCAAGACAUCAGAAAACAGCUACAGGAAAGAUGCUGCUAGGAUUUUGAAGCUCAAGGCAACAGUACAGCCCCCAGCCAAAGCAGGGUCAAAGAAAUCUCAGUUGCAGGUUUGCUCUUCCAGUAGCAAAAGCGGUGAGCUUGCUAAUCCAAGGGAGGCCAGCAGUCUGCAGGAACCCACUGAUGGCACUGGCCAUGCUGCCCAUGCAGCACCCCAAGGAAGCAGAGGGCCCCAGCAGCCACAGGGAGCUCAGGCUGCAGACUCCAGGAGAGACAGUGCCUCUGUGCCCGUGGAGGCUGCAGCGCUUCCUGCUCAUCCAGAGAAACCACGGGAUCCGAGGCUGGCAAGUAUGGCUAGUAGAACUGAAACAAAAGGGAAGAAGCAGGCCUCAAAAGACAGUAAUUGCUCAGGAUCAACAUCACAGCAAGGCCUUGAUGCUGCACGGGAUCAGAUGUCCAGAACAGAAGCUUCUAAGAAGCCCCAGCAAAUGAUGGAACAACGCGACAUGCCUUCCGUGUCGCCUUAUGCAGCUCGCCGCGAGGGUGACCCGAGAGCUCCUGUACUGAAAAGCAGUUCAAAAGCCCACAGUGAAGGAGGUCGAAGUACUGGCAGUGAGUGGAACAAAGACUGUCGUGAUUUAACCAGGAGAUCAUCAGAGGCAUCACUAGAGAAUGCAGAAUCAAACAAUGUCAAGCGAAGAAAGACCUCUCGCUGGCUUUAG